CUUGCAAAGGACAAGCGGCUAUGGGUUUAACAAAGGAACAUAUUCAGAUCAGCAAAGAAGUUAAGCCUACAGCAAUCACUGUCGCCCAAAAAAGGAGAUUAAGGCGUAAGAAGUUAAAAGCUGCAAGAAAUCUGACCCAAGUUAAUAACAAAACAGAUUAUCAAAAUACACCCAAUAUAUUGAAUAUUUUAGGAAUUGUGCCAAAAAAUAUCAGUCCAAGUCUGUGCCCAUAUGCACAGUCAAAUGAAGACAAAAUAACCACAGAAGAAAAAAUACCACAUAGCUUUAUUUGUAGUGCUAAGGCAAAAAAAGAUUAUAAUAUGUCUUCUAAAGGAGACACAGAAAAAUCGAAAGAAGUUAUGGCAGCGAGGCAAGCUAAGAAAUCGUCUAAGCAAAAGGCAAAUAAAAAACCAAUAGAAAGUAAUGCUACUCCACAAAUAAAUGUCAAUUCCCCUACCACUAAAGAGUCCAAAACAGAAAGUAAUGAUAUAAAGAAUAAUACAAAUCUUGGAAGUGAAAAACCUGAAACACAAAACAAAACAAGUUCAUCUAGUAAAGAGCAAAGUAUAGUUAAAGGUAGAGAUGAAGUUGACAAAGCAGUUAAAAUUGAACCUGAACUAAACACAGAGGCAUCUAAAGAUCAUAUUAAAGCUGAAAGGGCUGCUAAAAAGGCAGCAAAACAGGCUAAGAAAAAGGGAGCACUAGAUAGUGGCGACUCACAGAAUAUUGAAGCAAAACCUAAAGAAAUGAAUAAACCUAGCACUGAGGCAAGUAAAACAACUAAAACUAUUGAUAAAUCAAAAAUUGAAAGUAUAGAAACAACUGAAAUUAUUGGUGAGCCUAAAACUAUACUUAAAAAUGUUGAUAUCACUAAAACUCAGACUGAAUUAGAUGUUAAAACUAUGCCUCUUAGUGAAGCAACUGUAAAGGAAAUGGUGGAAACAUUAAAAGACAUUGUUAAUGUAGCUAAAGAUGUUCAGACAGUCACUGAUAAAGUGAAAGCUAUUAGUAUAGGACCUACAAAGGAAGAAGACUCAACAAAAAGCAAGGCAGAAGAGUCAACAAAAAGCAAGGCAGAUCUAAAAGCAGAACGACGCGCGAAGCAGGAAGCGCAGCGUGCUGCCAAACAAGCAGCACAGCAGCAAAAAGCUGUGGAAGUCAAAAAAUCAAGCAAAGAACCUUCCUUACCUAAAGAAGAAAAAUCUGCUAAACCAAAAGCAGUAGUUGACAAAAUUAAACCAAAGUCGCAAGGUAUGCAGAAAAUGAACUGGUUCCAGCACUUGUAUAUGGAACACGACAAACAAGCGCUCAAGCAAAUGCAAAUCAAUUCAAACUUACACCCGGCUGUAAUAAAACUUGGCAUUCAAUUGGCAUCCCACGUAGUGACCGGUUCCAAUGCAAGGUGCAUAGCUUUACUGGAUGCAUUGAAAAAGAUGGUGCGAGACUACAGCUUGCCGGCGCGGACAGAGUUUGCCCGAGGGUUGGAGUCGCAACUAGCGGCCAGUGUGGAGUUCCUGUGGAGCAUGCGACCGCCCGCCGCCUCGCAGACCAACGCGCUCAAAUACUUCCGACACCAUCUCACUCAGCUGCCCAACAACGUUGAUGAGUUCGAUGCAAAGAAGCGACUACAGGAGGAGAUCGACCGCUACAUCCGCGAACAAAUUGACAUGGCGGGCGAGGCCAUUAGCAUCGCCGUCAGGAACAAGAUCUCAACCGGGGAUAACAUCCUCACUUAUGGAUGUUCGUCUCUAAUUGAGCGCAUCCUGUGUGAGGCGCACGAGGCGGGCGUGCAGUUCCGCGCAGUGGUGGUGGGCACGCGCGUGCAGCGGGGCGCGAGGGAGAUGCUGCGACGUCUCGUGUCGCGCGGGGUGGUGUGCACAUACGCUGACAUUACCGCGCUCAGCUUCCUCAUGCGGGACAUGUCCAAAGUGCUGAUAGGAGCAGCAUCCCUGCUCGCAAACGGCGCCGUACUAGCGCCUGUGGGCUCUCUGCAAGCCGCGCUCGUGGCGCGCGCGCACAACGUGCCGCUGCUAGUCGCGUGCGAGACGCACAAGUUCUCGGACAACGUGCAGACUGACGCCUUUGUGUAUAACGAGAUCGGCGACCCAGACGACAUAAUAGACAAAACCGAUGACAAUUCCCCGUUGAAGGAUUGGCGGUCCAACCCCAAUCUGACGCUGUUGAACCUGACGUAUGACGUCACGCCGCCCAGCCUGGUCACCGCUGUGGUUACCGAGCUCGCCAUAUUGCCGUGCACCAGCGCGCCUGUUGUCUUAAGAUUCAAACUAUCUGAGUACGGAUUGUGAACUGACUCACCCCAAUACAUAAAGUAAUGUAAAUAGGAUAUAAUCAUCCAAUGAUCUGUCAUACAAACUUUUAUUAAUGCUAACA